CUGGCUUUUGUAACAGUGAAUGAGGCAUGAAGUUGUGGUCCACCUAAGGUAACAUAGAAGGAGAAACAGAAAAUAAGACAGUGUCCAUGCAAAGUCCUUAGUUCCUUCAGCCAUAUCGCUUUGCAGGUGUAUCUCAGCAGGUGUCUUGCUGCCCCUUUGGUCGGGUGGGGACACAGCCAGAAGGAUGUGCCAUGGCACCAGGGAACAAGUUCUCGGACUCCACUGGUGUUUGAUCCUGCAUUUGCCAGCCUCCAGAACUGAACCGCUUUGGGAAGCUACAUACCAGAAAGUGAGGAAUCAUGUCCAUGAUCGCGGCUUUCUACAGCGGCAAGUCCAUCCUCAUCACGGGGGCCACAGGCUUCAUGGGCAAAGUGCUGAUGGAGAAGUUGUUCCGGACCAGCCCCGACCUGAAAGUUAUUUACAUCCUUGUGAGGCCCAAGGCUGGCCAGACGCUGCAGCAGCGUGUUUUCCAGAUCCUCAACAGUAAGCUGUUUGAGAAAGUCAAAGAAAUGUGUCCCAAUGUGCACGAGAAGAUCCGCGCCAUCUCCGCUGACCUCAACCACAACGACUUUGCCAUGAGCAAGGAGGACCUGCAGGAGCUGCUGUCUUGCACCAACAUCAUCUUCCACUGCGCUGCCACUGUCCGCUUUGACGACCCUCUCAGACACGCUGUGCAGCUGAAUGUCACAGCCACCCAGCAGCUCCUGCUUAUGGCCAGUCAGAUGCCAAAGCUGGAAGCCUUCAUCCACAUCUCUACCGCCUUUUCCAACUGUAACCUGAAACAUAUCGAUGAAGUGAUCUAUCCAUGCCCCGUGGAGCCAAAAAAACUCAUCGACUCCAUGGAGUGGUUAGAUGACGCCAUCAUUGCCGAGAUCACACCGAAGCUGAUUGGGGAUCGACCCAACACUUACACCUACACCAAGGCCUUGGGAGAGAUAGUGGUGCAGCAAGAGAGCGAGAACCUCAACAUUGCUAUUGUGAGGCCCUCCAUUGUGGGGGCUACCUGGCAGGAGCCUUUCCCAGGUUGGGUGGAUAAUCUGAACGGACCUAGCGGGCUGAUUAUUGCGGCUGGGAAGGGGUUUCUUCGUUCCAUACGAGCUACUCCAAUGGCAGUGGCAGAUCUAAUUCCAGUCGAUACAGUUGUCAACCUCACUCUAGCGGUUGGGUGGUACACUGCAGUCCACAGACCUAAGUCAACGUUGAUCUACCACUGUACGUCUGGUAACCUCAAUCCCUGUAACUGGGGCAAGAUGGGAUUGCAAGUCUUGGCAACUUUUGAGAAAGUCCCGUUUGAGAGAGCUUUCAGGAGGCCUUAUGCCGACUUCACAACCAACAACUUCACAACUCACUACUGGAACGCAGUCAGCCACCGGGCUCCCGCCAUCGUCUAUGACUUCUACCUGCGGCUCACCGGAAGGAAGCCCAGGAUGAUGAAGCUCAUGAACCGGCUUCUGCGCACCAUCUCAAUGCUCGAGUAUUUCAUCAACCGCAGCUGGGAAUGGAGCACCUACAACACGGAAAUGCUCAUGUCGGAGCUGAGUCCCGAAGACCAGCGAGUAUUCAACUUUGACGUGCGCCAGUUGAACUGGCUGGAAUACAUUGAAAACUACGUGUUGGGAGUUAAGAAGUAUUUAUUGAAAGAGGAUAUGGCUGGGAUCCCAGAAGCAAGGCAACACUUAAGAAGGCUCCGGAACAUUCACUACCUCUUUAAUACCGCCCUCUUCCUUAUCGUCUGGCGCCUUCUCAUUGCAAGAUCACAGAUGGCUCGGAAUAUCUGGUUCUUCAUCGUGAGCUUCUGUUACAAAUUCCUUUCCUACUUUAGGGAGUCCAGCACGCUCAAAGUCUAGUACCAUCUGGUGGAGCCUCUCAGAUACCUCGGACAGAGAACUGUGGUUGUCACCAUUGGCAAGUAACAAGGACUAGCCCAAGGUCAGAUAGCAAACAAGCUGUAGUCGAUCCAUCAUUUCUUGACACAACUCCUUAGCUUCCGUGCGACAAGGGAAGUCACACACUACCCUGUAUCCAGAUGUUUUAGGAGAUGACCGUUUCCAUCCUGUGUCAGCAACACUCUAGUGUAUGCCUGCCCUUGCAUAUUCAACCUGAAAGUGCUCCUAUCUUGCUAUAUUUAGCUUUUCUUUUCCCCUCAAGAUUAAUUUCAGUCUAGUCACAUGGACGAUGCAUGGCAGAAGCAAAGCUAGCUAAAGACCAGCAGUACUGACCCUGGCAUCCGGGAGGCACCCAUUCUGAAAGCUUAGCAAGUUAGGUUGAGGAAGAAUGGUCCUGACACCCUCCCAAAUGCUGUAAGGCAAACAAUGCCCCACGAACGUUGUCCCUCUUUGGUUUUCAUGAUAUCCGUUGGAUUCCUGGCUGGAGGGUGGGGUAAUUAAAAAGGUGCAUUCAUAUUAGCCAUUUUUCUUAACUCUAUUCACUUCUUAACCUUACAAAGGAAAAAGAAGUGUGAAUGUUUAUACAAGGAAGGCUUAAGCAUGUCUGAGAGCUCAAGUUUAUUACGCUUUUAAAAUGGUUUCUUGUACUUUUGUCAGCUAUUAUUUCUAAAUCUUUUGAAUCUUAAUAAUCUCUUUUCCCAAUUAAGCUUCUUUUGAGGUUACUACUUGCUUGUUAAAAGCUGCCAAUCCUUAUAUUUAUGCUUAUUUGCCAAAGGCUAACAGGAGAGGACAAAAUCCUAAGCUAGAAUUAUAUAAACAUGCAGUCACCUGAUAUUUGCCACUAAGGAAAUAAAAUUCCAAAUAAAGUCUUACAUUCUAGUUUUAGUGUUCUUGUAUUCGCUGCAAAGGAUUUACUACUCUUUGAAUCGUUCCAGUUACGCAUGGACUGUGGAGCGUACUUCAGAAAAGUGGAUCCACUUCAUAAAGCGACUCUAAACCUUAGAGAAUAGGUGUGAGGUUUUUUGUUUCGCCUAGUCUAAUAAUGUACUAUUGCCCCCUAGGUUCCUUCGUGUUUCGAAGGUGAGUUGGAGUACAGCAGUUCAGUUUAGCAUGAGCUGGACCCACAGCCUGUUACUUAGAUGCAGAAUCUGGGCCUAAGCAACCAAAAGUGUCUUCACAGAACCCCCCGAUAAUCACAUAGGCAUAAUGCAUUCUCCAAGGUUGGCAGCUGUCUCUGUGGUUAUCUUCACAAAGAGCCGCUGCUGUUCACAUGGGCACAUUCAGGUGGUCAGAGGGCACCAGGCCAUAGGACAAUCUCUCACCCGAUAUUAACAAAUAUUUUAGGGGUCUUUUGGGCAGUCCCUUCCCAGUCCCUGAAUAUGUAGAAACUACUUCCCAUAGCAGACACUCCAGCUGUGAAACGUAAGGUUGGCGACCUUCAGUUGUCUAUAGGGUACUUCUGAGUUACAGUAACUAUAGAUCAGUAAUUUGAAAUCAAGAUAUAGCUCAAUGGGAUUGGAUAAAAAAAAAACAUGGUAGCUCUAAGGAUUCAUAUUUUGAUUAUUGUAUAUCUCAACAUCUCAGUAAUUCUACUGAUCAGGUAUUCACAUCUUGACUUUUGACUGAAUAAAACUUGGAAUUUAAAAUGGCCCCUUUCUCUUCUAGUAUGGUGUCUUUAACUACUUACUGCAAUGGCUCUUUCCACAACAUCCACUCUGGAGAAAAAAAUAAUAAUAAUAAUGGAAAUAACCUUCCAAAGAACUCUUUCAAGCAAGCCAAGUUUCCAUCAAAUGGCAGGAGUAGUAACUGUCAGGUGAACACCCUUCUCAGACAUGGGUACACGACUCUUCACUUUUCCUGACACUGGUAGCAGGGUUACGUUUAUGUGCAUGUUGUCUGUGCAGCAGCAGAGAAGUGACACGACUAAAGGUCUGAGGAUGGGGCGGUGGAAGCAGGUGGCUGUGUGAGCAUCCUCAUGUGCAGCCGAUUCCCAUCAACAAGUCACAAUUGCCUGAAUGCCUAAGGAACACAAAAUAAUGAAAAAUGCUUCCAUUCCAGAAAGAGGAAAGAAUGGACAAAGAGAAAGCAGGUGUGCGAUUUAAAAAUCUUGGUAAACCCUGUAUUUUGCACCUGCAAGGCAGCUGAGAGAUUUCAGAAUAGAAGACAGUCGUCCCUGUCUGGGGGCUACUAGUGGCAGACAAAAUUGGGGCAGAGGCUUGGACCUCAAAAGCACUGCUUAAAAUUCUGUACUACCAUCAUCUCCAGGUAACAAUGUAACUGACUCAUUUAGAAUCCAGAGGAAGCUUGUACAGUACUCACUAUAUUAUCUCAAAAGGGACAAUAAAAAUUAAAGCACAUUAGAAUAAACUUUCAAAAGCAUCAAUUCUUCAAAAGUCAUAGGAAUCCCAUGCAAAUUUCCACCUAGCUACUUUUCUAGAACUGCUAUUCUAAUCAUCUCUGACUGUAAACGGUUGCUUAUGGGAAGACAUAAUGGUGUCCUACAUGACUGAAUUGAGGUAUGGAAAAAUAUUGCCUAGAUGACUUAAUGAAAAUAUAUGUAUAUAGAAGUUGCUGGUUUUCAGUCGUGAUUGGUCUGAGACAGUAGUCCCUGAGAAGUGUAGACAUUUGUGGUGGCAAAGGAUGUUUAAGAGUGAGUGUCAGGAAGCUGCAAUAUCCCUUCUGAUACACAAACAUUUUAUCUGUGUCCUUGUUUGAUUCUAAAUAGUAACUGAAAGCUAGAACUGCAAAUGGGUGGGGUGGGGGGGACGUGAGUCAGGGCAACUACGGAUCAAUUUUAGAAUACCUUAAUGACAUCAAAGAUAAGUAUAAUACAAGUCAACACGUAAGUGGUUUCCCUACACUGCUUAAAAGUAUAACAAAGAAUUUACAGAACAUUUAUUGUACAGCUAUGUAGGCUGUUAAGGUCUGCUUUCAUCCAUAUAUAUUUUUUCACUAUGCCUUUCCAUUCUGGGCAGUUUUUCCUUAAGGUAAAACUUAAUUCCCCGCUCCAACUCCUGACUCCAGCUGAAUGCGGACGCAUUCCCUGGGACGCACAGUGAGCACUCAGCUGGCUGUGUUCCUGACAGCUUCAUGAAGUCCUGGGUUGAACUUGCUCCUGAAAGCCCUGCCGGCCAUCGUGGCCAUUUAGGGAGUUAACCUCCAGUUAGGUGUUUGCAAACUCUAUGCCUCUUAAAUGAAUUAAAAAUUGAAUAUAUUUUUAAAAAGAGAAAGUACUGGCUUAAAAGGCAUGUUGGUAUGCUCAAGGUACUGAAGUUCUUGAACUCUAGCAUAGUUUUGAAGUGAAGGAGCUGCGUAUCAAUUUACUUUUUGAUAACUGAUUACCCUAAGACGUAAUAAAGGUAUAUAGUAUAGUGCUAUAGGAAUUAUCUAACAGACUGGAAGAGUCAUCACUUCCAAAGACGAUCCUAAAGGUAGUGCGAAGUAUACAAAUAGUGCACCAGUGAAAUUAUUCACCUCAAUAUUUCAUCUUUUCCACAAAUAUAUGCAAACAUAGCACUUAGGGGUCCGUUCCACCUAAUUUGAGGCUUCAGAUUUAAAAUAUGUAGAAUUCAUACAAAUAUAAACACUAAGUACUCGAAAUGAGCAUGGGGACUGGACUGAGUAACAGAGAGA